UAUAAGAAGAUUUCUGUUGGAGUAAUGAGGAGGAUGGAUGGCUGCCUUAAACCUGUGAGAGGGAGGUCACUUCCCCUUAAUGUUGAACCUCAAUGGGCAUGUGAAGAACUGUUGGCUGCUGCCAUAAAAAAGCAGAAAGCCUUUAACCAGGACUUGGAAGAUGGUGCCCAUGUCUUGUUGUACCCUGAUGCGACGGUGAUAACAAAUAUCCCCGGAACGGACACCCCUUUCACAGUACAGAUGUACAAAGAGGCCAUUGGAAAGCCCUACCAACGAAUUACGUUGUACAUCUGUACUCUUGAAGCCGUUGAAAACAGUUGUUACACUGGAACAACCUCUUCAAGUGACGAGGACAGUGUGGUUGUUGCAAAGUUGCCAUCUGGAGACAGUCUUGCUGACACCGUGGUCAGUUUGGAUCUAUCGUGGCAUUUAUUCUUAAUUAAAGUGAAUUUAUUUUAUUUCAGUCAGUCAUUUGUGUGUUGUAUGCAGAUGUGGGACUUUCCAAAUGAACAGAGCACUCCCAGAAUGGACAACAGUUUGCCAGGACCUCUCAGGCACCCACAACCAGCGUCUGAUCGGGAUGGAGCACCGACCCCAUUCCAGGAAGAGGUCCAGUCUGCCCCGGGUCAGAACACCUUCUAUAGCAACUACACAACUGUGUAUGCACUUAUCAUUAUUGACAGCCAGUCUGAGCCAGAAGAGGAAACGGAGCAAACUGCAGAGGAAAUCACAGAAUACCUGACUGCGCCAGACAUUGUUGCAGAACUCUCUGCAAAAAUUAAAAAUACCUCUUGCAGCAGGUUCAAUAUUAAUAGAGCCAAUGUGUAGGAUGGAGCAAUCCGUGGCUUCAAAGGGGCCUCAUUCGACCCCUCUCAUCAGAUGCAGGUUAAGUUUACUGAUGAUGAGGGACAAACUGAGGAUGGAGUGGACACUGGUGGUCCCAAGCGUGAGUUCCUGACCCUCCUAAUGGAAUGCCUGAGAAUGAGAAGAAUAUUUGAUGGUCCACAGGACAGGAAAUUCCUCAAGUUCGACAAUGCAGCUGCAAAAGAUGACGAAUAAUUUCAUGCUGGGAGGAUGAUUGCAACUUCUAUAGUUCAAAAACACAAGGAGAAAAAGAAGAAAACAUCAUGUCAUGGCUCACUGUCUCAAAAUCUGAUUCUAAAUGUAUAAUGUUCUUUAUAAAGAUAUAACUAAUACACAAUUAUGAAUGUAUAAUAUAAGCUGUUUUGUGUAUUUAAUCAUGCGUUGGUCUACAAUUUAAUGAUGGCUUCUACAUAUUUCACAUAAACA